CUAUCUUGCUGUUUGAACUUCGGCUGAACAUGUUGUCGUGUUAAAGUUCCGCUGAGUUAAUCAGGACAAACUGCACUAAAUGUUUCUUCCGCUCAUGCGCCGAUAAAUGAGUCCAGUUUGCUCCAGGCUGGACUUUGGACCUGUUUUCUAACUCAGGUUCUGUUCACAGGUUUAGAGGAGAUACUCCAGCGGCACGGGAUCCAGUUCCUCUGCACGGGAUCCAGUUCCUCUGCACGGGAUCCAGUUCCUCUGCACGGGAUCCAGUUCCUCUGAAAGGAGCAUGACCUCUGGGACGCUCAGGUCACGUCUGGUUGCUUGUCUUCUGAACGUCUCUGAGGCUCGCAGGACGGACCUGGUGGAGAACGUGGCCAAGGCUGCUUUGUACGACGCAGAGGGCGUGCAGCGGAAGGAGACAACGGUGCUGAACAUCUUCAACGAUCAGGACUAUAACCGCUCCGUCAUCACCAUCGUGGCCUCCAUCGACUCCAUCAGAGACGCGGUGCUGUCUGCGUGCCAGGAGGCGUGCGCGCUCAUCGACAUGCGCGGGCACGUGGGCGUGCACCCCAGCAUGGGGUCGGUGGACCUGAUCCCCAUUUACCCGCUGGGGGAGGCGGUGGGGGAGCGGGACUGCGUCCAGCAGGCCCUGGCGGUGGCGCGCGGCCUCACGGACACCGUCCGCGGCUCCAGCGUCUUCCUGUUCGGCUGGGCGGACGCGGCGCUGCAGCGCGGCCUGGCCCGCAGGAGGAAGGAGAUGUUCUGGUUCCGGAAGAGUCCGGACCUGCGGGCGCUCACCGCCGACGUUGGGCCGCCGCCGCGGGAACGAUACGGACUCACAGCAUUUUAUGGAAAAAUGAUCGACCCUUUUCAUGUGGAAGAAAACUGGUUUUUAAGAAAAUGGCCGCCUGUGGGCUGUAUCCAAUCAGAACGCGAGGUGAUGAAAACACAGAGACGAAACAACUGCCAUGGCAACAGAGAGUCCGGUGGACGAUGCAAUAGUAUUGUGUAUUAUGGGAUUGUUUUUGUAUCGUUUCUCUCUCUGAUAGUCCAUGAACGAUCGCCAUUGCUUCUUCCCAGUCGGCCAUAUUUGUUUACUCUGAACUCACAAGAGAUUUUCCUGCCUGACAUCUGGCUGUGAGGAGCAGCCGGUCCUCUCAUUUUUGUUGGGAAAAUGGUUUUUAGAAGGUGAGGAAUACUAACACACACACACACACACACACACACACACACACACACACACACACACACACUACCCGCUGGGGGAGCGGGACCUAAGAGCUGCUGCUAGCUGAUGUCAUGAUCAGUUCAGGUUCAUAACGUAAAAAGCAGCUUUGUUGAGUUUCCAUUAAGCUCUGCUGCUGCCCUCAUUGUUGCCUCUGAUGUGAUGCUGCUAGAAAUUGAUCGAUAUGAUAAAUUUUACUUAUUGGCAGAUUAAUGCCAAUAUAUCGUGGAGAUCUGUGCAAUGUGAAGCAAAGUCCAUUUUUCUCAACAUGCUACUGACCAGCUAACCUUAGCAAUGUUUUUGUACAGAAUGGGGUUUGUUACUGGAGGUUAGCAUGUUAGCUAAUGACAUGUAACAAUCAGACAAACUGUCUUAGCUUUGAGUCACUCUGUAACUCUUUCCUCAGAAAUGUUCCAGUUAUUUGUAUUAAAGUCAUUUUUACUUGUUGACUUGUGAAAGUCAAA